AUCUGGAGUGCAAUUUAUGCAGGGGAAAUCAGAACGACCUGGGAAAUAGGACGGUCUCGGAAGUCGGAGCAAGCCGGAGGGGUUUUUUUUCUGAGUGGAGAUGAGGUUUGAGAUGUUGCCUCCAGCCCAUUCCCGAAGAGUCCCAGCAGAAGAGGUCGUGAACUGCGGGGACAAUCUCGGUCCAUUCCGAGAAUGACUCUGGCGACAGCUGCCGAGGUUAAAAGAUCACCUCAGAGGAUGGCUGGGCCCCUGGAACAGUAUUCAGCUGUUUCAAGCUGAACAGCUGGAAAGUAAUUUAUUCAAGUGUUCACCCGGGCGGGAAGAGGGAGAGGGAACCAAAACAGAAGGAACAAUCCAGCUUUAAAUAAAUUCCGUUUUGAAGUAGAAGGCGAACAGAGGCACUGCUCAUUCAGCCAGUGGCCAUACUUUGAGUAUGGUUGUAUGGACGGUUAAAUCUCUAUGCUUUGACCUUUGAAAUCGAGUGCUUAAUCUCCGCUUUGCAGGCUUGAGCUGGGAAAUCUUCGAAUCCUUCUACAGCUCGGCCGCCGGGUGUCGCUGCUGACCGCGGCAGCUCCGCGCAGCUCCCAGUUCCAGAUUCGGGAUUCGGGCGGGCGGGGCUGCACCAUCCCGGGCUGCUCCAUUCGGGGGUCGGCCGGCUGGAUCGGCAGCUCCAUCCAGCUUACAGGGGAGAAGAUCGGAUCUCUGGAAGGAAUGAAGCUGAGGAAAAGCGAGGAACCGCUCCCGAGGCGAGCGCUGUCCCUGAUCCUUGUGUUCUGCAUCUCGGGGAUGAGAGCAGAAACCGCUCGGUACUCCAUGCCCGAAGAGGAGGAGAGAGGCUCUUUCGUGGCGAAUAUCGCUAAGGAUUUGGGGCUAACUGGUGAGGAAUUAUUGGCUCGUCAGGCUCGAGUCAUUCCUGAAGGAGAAAAGCAGUAUUUACAGCUGAACCAGCGCACCGGGGAUUUGGUGGUGAGUGAGCAAAUGGACCGGGAGGAGCUAUGCGGACAGAAUGAGCCCUGCUUGGUGCGUUUCGAGGUGCUGCUGGAGAGCCCACUGCAGUCCUUCCGAGCUGAGGUAAGACUCACCGACAUAAAUGAUCACGCUCCUGUGUUCCUGAAUAAAGAUAAUUUAAAGAUACCGGAAUUGACAAUGCCGGGGACUCGGUUUUUGUUGGAAAGCGCUCACGAUCCAGACGUGGGUAACAAUAGUCUCCAGCAUUAUAGUAUCAGCUCGAACGAGUAUUUCCAUGUGUACACCCAGCGGCGGAGUGACGGCGGGAGGUCCGCCGAGCUGGUGUUGGAUCGAGCCCUGGACCGGGAGCAGCAGGCAGAAGCUUUCAGCAUCACGGCUGUAGAUGGUGGGACUCCACCGCGGUCUGGCACGGCUUUAAUCCGCGUGGUAGUCCUGGAUAUAAAUGACAACAUCCCGGUAUUUACCCAGACUCUGAAUAAAGUCUCUGUAAAGGAAAAUAGCUCCCAGGAUACCACAGUGGUGGUAGUGUCUGCUAGCGAUUUAGACGCAGGAACGAAUGGGGAAAUAGUUUAUUCUAUAUUUCGAAAUUCAGAGGAAAAUCUCCAAACGUUCAAAAUAACCCAGACAGGCCAGAUUCGACUGAAAAAGCCUUUAGAUUAUGAAGAAAAAAAGACCUAUGAGAUAGACGUCCAAGCCACAGGAGGAGGCUUGUCCACGCAUUGCAAGGUGGAGGUGGAGGUGAAGGACGUGAACGAUAAUGCCCCCGAGAUGAUCAUCACCUCACUCACCAGCAGCCUCUCCGAAGCCGCCCCGCCGAACACCGUGGUGGCUCUCUUCAACGUGCGAGACCGGGACUCGGGGGACAAUGGCAGGACGAGCUGCGAGCUGACAGGAGAGCAACCCUUCAGGAUCACGCUGCUGGCAGCCGACGCGUACGCGCUGGUGACAUCAGGGACACUGGACCGGGAGCAGGUGGAGGAAUACAACGUGACCGUGCGAGCUCGCGACGAGGGCUCCCCCGCCCUGUCGGCAUCCAAGACUCUGCUCGUGCGGCUCUUGGAUGUGAACGACAACGCACCCACCUUCACCCAGGCCAUUUACACCAUGGUGAUGAGCGAAAACGAGCCCGCGGGGCGGAUCCUGGGCCACCUCAGUGCCACGGACCCUGACGCGGGAGAAAACGCCCGAGUCAGAUACACACUCGUGCCGCCGCCGACAGGCGCCCUCGCCGCGGCAUCACUGGUGUCAGUGGACGCAGAGAGUGGAACCGUGCGGACUUUGCGCCCACUGGACUACGAGAAGGUCCCUGCGUUCGAGGUGACCGUGAGCGCAGCCGACGCCGGCUCCCCGGCGCUCAGCGCCCAGGCCGUGCUACGCGUGCUCGUGCGGGACGAGAACGACAACGCGCCCGUGCUGCUGCACCCGCCCCCCGACAGCAGCGCGACCGGAGAGCUGGUGCCGCGCUGGGCACCCUCCGGAUACCUGGUGGCCAAGGUGGUGGCGGUGGACGCGGACUCGGGGCAGAACGCGUGGCUGUCGUACGAGCUGGCCAAGGCCACGGAGCCGGCGCUGUUCCGCGUGGGGCUGCACAGCGGCGAGGUGCGUACGGCGCGGGCAGUGACAGAGAGGGAUGCGGCCCGGCAGAAGCUCAUCGUGCUGGUGCGGGACCGCGGGCAGCCGCCGCGCUCGGCCACUGCCACCCUCGCCGUGGCGCUGGUGGACGAUUUCUCUGAUGCCUUCCAGCAGCUUGGCCACGAUCUUGCGAGCGGACAGCAGCCGCAGGUGGCCGAAGAGGAAUUACUCACGACUUAUCUCAUUGCCUCCCUGUGCUGCGUCCUCCUCCCUUUCCUCUUGUCCGUCCUCGCCUUGAUGGCAAACACGCUCUGCAAAGCUCGCGUCCGGACAGAACUUCCUCCUCCCUCACCCAGCUGCUACGCAGAUGGGGACUUCGCCAGCAACGGCGUGGGCAGCACGGGUACUCUGUCGCCGGCUUACCGCUACGAAAUGUGCCUGACCAGCGGCUCAGGGAGGAGCGAAUUCCAGUUCCUGAGGCCCAUCCUGCCCAGCCCUCAUACCGAUACUGAGGCGGGGCUGGACAAGGACGAGAAGCCAUUACACCACUCGUAGCCAGCUUGCGACAGGGAAGCCCAGUCGGGGCGCAGUACUCUCUUUUAGGCGAAAGACUGGCCAGCCGGUGUGCUCGUCCACGCCUGAGCCAUGCUGGGAUCCGCUUCCCUUCCCCGCCCUCUGACUGAGAUUCCCCAGUAGCUGUAGUGCUGUUCCCUGGUGUUCUGGGCGUCUCCCCUACAGACCGAUUUCUCCUGCACGAAAAGAGCCUCAGCCCUCAGAGUUAGCCUCUGCCUGACGCUG